AUGGUCACAGCGACUACCACUACCACACCAGCGACUACCACACCAGCGACUACCACACCAGCGACUACCACACCAGCGACUACCACACCAGCGACUACCACACCAGCGACUACCACACCAGCGACUACCACACCAGCGACUACCACACCAGCGACUACCACACAAGCAACUACCACACCAGCGACCAUCACAGUCUACCACACCAGCGACUACCACACCAGCGACUACCACACCAGCGACUACCACACCAGCGACUACCACACCAGCGACUACCACACCAGCGACUACCACACCAGCGACUAUCACACCAGCGACUACCACACCAGCGACUACCACACCGAAGCGACAAGUUAUCGCUCGGAACUAGUAACAACCCCCCCCCCCAUUUAA